AUGAAGGCCAUCUACGUGUGUACUAUUAGCAAGGCGAAGAAAGCAGCUUUCGUCAUCUGGAUUUCGUCACUCCUCCUCGCUUCGCCGACGCUCGUGGUACAGGUGCACAUGGAGGUUGGCCAUCGCGUGAAGGCUUUCUGGUGUGUGCGCAACUUCGACGCCCCCCUCCUGUGGCGCGGCUACGAGACCUACAUGCUGGUGCUGGUGCUGCUGGUGCCCGCCUGCGUCAUGGCCGCCGCCUACGCCGCCAUCUGCGCCUCCGUCGUGUCCAUGGUCGGCCAGAGGCGCUCCAUGACGGGCAAGGGACAGAUGAAAUCGGCCGAGGUCAGCGCCAACGGCGGCGGAGGCAUCGCGCAGGCGCCGGCGCACCCGGAGGACAAGACCAUCAGGCAGGUGGUGCCGAUGCUGAUCGUGGUGGUGGUGCUGUUCAUCAUCUGUUGGGGCCCGCUGCUCAUCCUCAACAUGCUCACGGCCCACGACAUCGUGCCCAAUAUCAGCGUUAGCACCAAGUACGCCAGGACGGUGCUCGAUCUCCUGUCGUACUUCAACAGCUGCAUGAACCCGGUCGUCUACGGCUUCAUGUCCCGGAACUUCCGCAAGGGAUUCAAGCGGGCGCUGUGCAACCUCGCUCGCCGCGACGACGGGAACCAGUCGCUGUCGCACUCGCACCACGCGCGCCCCGCCGCCGCCAGGGACGUCGCUAGACUCGAAACGCUGAACGGUGCAAACGCUGCAAAACUAAGCCUCCAGUGGAAAGGGCUCGACCAUGACCCGAGAAGGUGUUCCUCCCGCAGGCAGGAGUACGGGCGCUUCGGCCACACGCCCACCAGGGACUCGGCCAAGGCGGAGUUCGAGUCGUGUCACAUGAGCCGCACGCCUCCCGCCGCCAAGCCAUCCAUUCGCCACCGCGUCUGCGCUGCCGCAGUUCUCGCACCUUCAGAGCUGCGUCAGUGCGGAUCCCUCGCUGCUGAUACCAUGAAGGGAAAAUACAUCUUGUUCUCUCUCUCUUCUACACGUUCUUCUGAUAUGGUCAGUGGAGCCGGCUACAGUUUACAGUGGAAUAGAUACUCUGGUAUAUUUCCCCAGGAAUAUAAUCCUAAUGGAGAUUAUAAACAAAUAGUCUUGAACAAUACAUCUUACGACCAGGCAGAUUAUGAUACCAUAUACUAG